UGUCAAGCAAUUGAAAAAAAAAAGAGUGGGCAAAAAAGAGUUGCCGUGUAUGUGUUCUCUACAAUUUGAGAGUUCACAAUUAUAUUCAAAGUAUAAGGCUUAUGUGAGUGCUUCCUAAAUUGAGUGAUUAAACACCAUAUGUUUCCUUUGUAUUGAUCCUAAAUCAUACCACAUUUCCGCUAAUCCCCAACAAAUUUGGUAUCAGAGCUUAUACCCUUCUUUCCUCUCAAAAAUCCCCAAAUUUCUAGCCUACACAACUUUCUCAAAAAUCCAUGGCAACAACUUCCUCAAACACCAUGUUUGCUACCUCUUCUAAUCAAAUUCCCAUUUUCGAUGGAAAAUUGUACGAGUACUGGAGUGCCCAAAUGGAGCCAAUUUUCAUCUCUCAAGAUCUGUGGGAUAUAGUCCAAGAUGGUUAUGAAAGUCCCCAGGAAGAUGAUGAAGACUCGAAGAAAUGAUCAGGCAAGCAGACAAAGGAGUACAAGGAGAAUGCUAAGCAAAAUGCCAGCGCCUUGAGAAUCAUUCAGCAAGCAGUGAGCAAAUCAAUUUACCCGAGAAUCUAUGGCAUCAAAAAGGCCAAAGAAGCUUGGGAUGUCUUGCGUGAACAAUUUCAAGGCUCUGAAAAGGCAAUCUCUAUCAGGCGCCAAAGUUUAUGGCGACAGUUCGACAACUUGAUGAUGAAGGAAACCGACACCAUCAAAGACUUCCAUUCGCGUGUGGCGGAGACAGUCAACCAAAUCAAAGCCACCGGUGAUGUCAUGGAAGAAAGAAAAAUUGUGGAGAGAAUUCUCCGUAGUUUAUCAUCAAAGUUCGAGCAUAUUGUUACUGUCAUUGAAGAAACCAAAGAUCUGGCAAAUCUACCAAUGAGCGAGUUGAUGGGCUCACUUGUAGCACACGAGCAAAGAAUGAGCCGCUUCACCAAACCGCCAUUGGAGCAAGCUUUCUCGUCAAAAGUCAACAUGGCGGAAAGUAAAUAUGCCAAAUCGGAGCAAGGCCAGAGAGGGGGGAAAUCACAAGGGAGAGGAAGAGGAAGAUCCAAUUACAGAGGAAACAACAGACAAAAUUAUCAACAACAAAGAUCGGGCUACACCGGCUCGAGUUGCAUAAUUUGCAAAAAGGUGGGUCAUGCAACAAAAGACUGCAGAUUCAAGUGCACCAAGUGCAAAAUUCAAAACCACUCCCAGAGAGAUUGCUGGUUCCAGAACAAGCAAGAAGAUGGUGAGUUAAGCGGCACCAAAAAUGAAGAAAGCAAUAUGGUGGCCUUGUCAUGCUUGAAUGGUGAGCAAAAAUCACAACUUCCCUGGAUGGUGGAUAGUGGUUGCAGUAACCACAUGACUGGAGAUCUGGAAUCCUUCACCGACAUCGAUGACAAAUACCGCUCUCAAGUCAAAUUGGGCAACGGGAAGAAGCUAAAAGUGGAAGGAAAAGGCACAGUUGUUGUAUGCACAGAAGAAGGCAACAAAACUCUCAUUCGAGAUGUUUUGUAUGUUCCGGAGCUAACUCUCAAUCUACUUAGCGUGGGACAACUGAUGCUGAAAAAUUACAAGCUAUUGUUUGAUAAUGGCGUGUGCGAGAUUAUCAACAAAGCUGACAAUUUCAUGGUGGCCAAAGUCCCGAUGAAUUCCAACAAAAUUUUCUCUCUUGCUAUGUCACAAAAUGGUGAAGUAGCAUUCAAGAGUGAAAAUCUGGAUCAAUCAUUUCUAUGGCAUCUCAGAUACGGUCAUCUCAACUUCAAAGGCCUCAAAUUGCUGAAGCAGAAAAAUAUGGUGGUGGGACUUCCCCAGAUCAACAGAGAAGACAAGAUCUGUGAAGGAUGCAUAUAUGGCAAAAUGCAUCGUUUACCAUUUCCAAAGACAUCUGGGAGAGCAAAAGCGCCACUGGAGUUGGUACAUGCAGACAUAUGCGGUCCAACCCGAACACAAUCACUCAGCGGCAAAAGAUACUUUCUACUAUUUGUAGAUGACUUCACCAGAAUGAUGUGGGUAUUCUUUCUGGAGCAAAAGUCAGAAGCUUUUCCCAAGUUCCUUCAAUUCCAAGUAGUAGCUGAGAAGGAAAGCGGCCAUCAAAUCAAAACCCUUCGAACAGAUCGUGGAGGAGAAUUUAUUUAUACUCCGUUCAUGGAGUAUUGCCGCAACAACGGAAUCAAAAGGCAGUUGACAGUCCGUUACACACCACAACAAAAUGGCGUGGCAGAGCGGAAAAACCGCACAAUUGUGGAGAUGGCGAGAAGUAUGCUCAAAGCAAAGAAGCUUCCCAACAAAUUGUGGGCAGAAGCAGUCAACACGACAAUUUACAUCCUCAAUAGAUCACCAACCAAAGCAGUACGGAACAAGACACCGAUACAUGCGUGGCACCACCGGAGGCCAUAGGUGGAUCACCUCAAAGUCUUUGGGUGCAUAGCUUAUGCACAUAUUUUUACCCCACACCGAGACAAGUUUGACCAGAAGGGAGAGAAGCUUAUCUUCACUGGCUACAGUGAUGAGUCCAAUGGCUAUCGUCUUUACAAUCCAGUAAAGAAUGAAGUGGUGG